AGUUUUGUGUGUUAUGCUGGGAGCUUAGUCACCAACAUACUCAACAGGACCUGAUUAAGAAGGCUGUCCCGCCUCUGAGCCCAGUGAGAUUGUAGCCACUAGCAACCAGGCUCGAUAAUUUCACUUUGAUGACGUCAUCCACUGUGGAAGCGCCCAGGGCUGGCAAGGGAGCCGCAGCUCCAGCCUCAUCAAAGAUGGCAUCUCCCCGGCCUGCCGUGGCUGGGCCAGAGGAAAGGCUGACGUCCUCUUAAGCCAGCCGGCUUUCCUUCUGCUGUUGCUCUUAGGAUUCUGGUCAUGGACGUGUCUUCCGAUCCUUAUUUGCCCUAUGAUGGGGGAGGAGACAGCAUUCCCCUGAGGGAGCUGCAUGGGAGAGGAACUCACUACACAAUGACAAAUGGAGGCAGCAUUAACAGCUCCACACACCUGCUGGACCUUCUGGAUGAACCGAUCCCAGGUGUGGGCACAUACGAUGAUUUCCAUACUAUCGACUGGGUGCGAGAGAAAUGUAAGGACAGAGAAAGGCAUAGACGGAUCAACAGCAAAAAGAAAGAGUCAGCAUGGGAAAUGGCAAAAAGCUUGUAUGAUGCGUGGUCAGGUUGGCUAGUUGUAACGCUAACAGGGCUGGCAUCAGGGGCAUUGGCAGGAUUAAUCGACAUUGCUGCGGAUUGGAUGACUGACCUAAAGGAGGGCAUUUGCCUCAGUGCACUGUGGUACAACCAUGAACAGUGUUGUUGGGGGUCUAAUGAGACGACCUUUGAAGAGAGGGACAAGUGUCCACAGUGGAAGACAUGGGCAGAGUUAAUCAUAGGUCAAGCAGAGGGUCCUGGUUCUUACAUCAUGAACUACAUUAUGUAUAUCUUCUGGGCCUUGAGUUUUGCCUUUCUUGCAGUUUCCCUGGUGAAGGUAUUUGCUCCGUAUGCCUGUGGCUCUGGAAUCCCAGAGAUUAAAACUAUUCUGAGUGGAUUCAUCAUCAGAGGAUACUUGGGAAAAUGGACUUUAAUGAUUAAAACUAUCACGUUAGUCCUGGCUGUAGCAUCAGGCUUGAGUUUAGGAAAAGAAGGUCCCCUGGUGCAUGUUGCCUGCUGCUGUGGAAAUAUCUUUUCCUACCUCUUUCCGAAGUAUAGCACAAAUGAAGCAAAGAAAAGGGAGGUGCUGUCCGCAGCCUCAGCCGCGGGUGUCUCUGUGGCUUUUGGCGCACCCAUCGGAGGAGUCCUCUUCAGCCUGGAGGAGGUUAGCUAUUACUUUCCUCUCAAAACUUUAUGGAGAUCAUUUUUUGCUGCUUUAGUGGCUGCGUUUGUGUUGAGAUCCAUCAAUCCAUUUGGAAACAGCCGUCUGGUCCUUUUUUACGUGGAGUAUCACACACCGUGGUACCUUUUUGAACUGUUUCCUUUCAUUCUCCUAGGGGUGUUUGGAGGGCUUUGGGGAGCCUUUUUCAUAAGGGCAAACAUUGCCUGGUGUCGUCGACGCAAGUCCACCAAGUUUGGGAAGUACCCCGUCCUUGAGGUCAUUAUUGUUGCGGCCAUUACUGCCGUGGUAGCCUUCCCCAACCCAUACACCCGGCUGAACACCAGUGAGCUGAUUAAAGAGCUCUUCACAGACUGUGGGCCCCUGGAGUCCUCUUCUCUUUGUGACUACAGAAACGACAUGAACGCCAGUAAGAUCGUCGACGACAUUCCUGACCGGCCUGCCGGCAUCGGCGUGUAUUCCGCGAUAUGGCAGCUGUGCCUGGCGCUCAUGUUUAAGAUCAUAAUGACGGUGUUCACCUUUGGUAUCAAGGUGCCCUCGGGCUUGUUCAUCCCCAGCAUGGCCAUCGGCGCGAUCGCGGGAAGGAUCGUGGGCAUCGCCGUGGAGCAGCUGGCCUACUACCACCACGACUGGUUCAUCUUCAAGGAGUGGUGCGAGGUCGGGGCGGACUGCAUCACUCCUGGCCUCUACGCCAUGGUCGGGGCCGCCGCGUGCCUGGGUGGUGUGACAAGGAUGACGGUCUCAUUGGUGGUUAUUGUUUUUGAGCUCACUGGAGGUUUGGAAUACAUUGUUCCCCUCAUGGCUGCAGUGAUGACCAGUAAAUGGGUUGGAGAUGCCUUCGGAAGGGAAGGAAUUUACGAAGCGCACAUCCGAUUAAACGGAUACCCCUUCUUGGAUGCAAAAGAAGAGUUCACCCACACCACCCUGGCUGCUGAUGUCAUGAGACCCCGAAGAAAUGAUCCUCCCUUAGCCGUCCUGACACAGGAUAAUAUGACAGUGGAUGAUAUAGAAAACAUGAUUAAUGAAACCAGCUACAAUGGAUUUCCUGUCAUCAUGUCAAAAGAAUCUCAGAGAUUAGUGGGAUUUGCCCUCAGAAGAGACCUGACGAUUGCAAUAGAAAGUGCCAGAAAAAAGCAAGAAGGUGUCGUUGGCAGUUCCCGGGUGUGUUUUGCGCAGCACACACCAUCUCUUCCAGCAGAGAGCCCCAGGCCCCUGAAGCUCCGAAGCAUCCUGGACAUGAGCCCAUUUACGGUGACCGACCACACCCCAAUGGAGAUUGUGGUGGAUAUCUUCCGGAAGCUGGGCCUGAGGCAGUGCCUGGUGACGCACAACGGGAUUGUCUUGGGAAUCAUCACCAAGAAGAACAUGCUAGAGCACCUCGAGCAACGAAAGCAGCACGUGGAUCCCCUGGCGCCUCCUUGGCAUCAUAACAAAAAAAGAUAUCCUCCGUCACAUGGCCCAGACGGCAAACCAAGACCCCACCUCCAUCAUGUUCAACUGAGCCCAAGCCACGAGGAGAGAGAGGAGACGGAAGAGGGGGUUCACCUGCUGAGCAGCACGACGCUCUGACCUGAGGGAAGCGUCUACCUUUUGCUCCUUAGAAAAAAGGAACGGAAACACACAAGCCAGGCUUCUGCAGCACAGUUGCCGAUCAUGCAGGCGGGACGAGGCGGCCUCUGGGAGGGCGUCGGGGCGGAAAGGCCUGAGCCAUUCCCGUCCGCCACGAGCGGCAGGUCAGCACCUCUCACUCUGCACUGGGUGCGCUUGCCUGGAGGGCGUGCCAGCAUGGCAGAGGUGACGCUGGAUCCCCAGCACCUGGCCCCUUGCCCCGCGCUGGGAGGCCCGCCCGCAGUCCCUGCGUCAGAGGGAUUACGUUGAAUUGAGCCGUCUACAAACUGGAAAGUCUGGCCCUUUUUUAUCGAAACAGUUCUGUUUAAUUCACGAAUCGUGUAGCGAAGCAUCACCUUUCUACAUUCCAGAAGAGCCUUCAUUUCUCUCUCUCUCUCCUGAGCUGUGACAAAGCCUCUUGAAAUCAGGGUGCCCUUCUGAAGCAGUCCUUUCUCAUAUUGAGAUGAGCUGUGGUUUUUUCCCGUGGUUUCAUCACGAACAGGGGUGCCUCUCGUGCCAUUGCCGUGUGGCUGGCAUCGCUCGGCGCAUGGGCAGUGCCCACGCCCCGCAGAGGCUGAGCAGACGGGCAGAGUCUCAGUGACGCCAAGCGGAGCCUCGGCUCGUGUGCUGUGGGGUUUAGAAUCAAAUCCUUCAGAUUUCAAGGAUAAACAGUUUCCGUUUUGUUUUUUCUCCCACCUUAUGGAUGAUGUGACCUGGUCUUAUGCAAAUUUUCCAUUUCUGAAACUGCUCUGAUAUUGAAGUGCUGUUCAGCGUGAUUAAACAAAGUGCUGCUGCUCUGGCACAAGAGAAGGAAGUGUCCUGCUGAGCUGUGUCUGGUGUUAAUUGCAUGUUAGAACACUGGAAUUUUUUUCUUGGAAUUAGAUCAGUCAUUCUUUUCUUUCCUCAAGAUACUUCACUGCUGACACUGAAGAAGAAACGUAACUCAUAACUUGCACUAAUGUAUAUUUCUUUUCUUAAAAAUUUACCAUUCUUAUUUAUAUUUUUAUGGAUUAAAAUUUAUAAAAUACAGAUCA